AGUCAAGCAUCAAACCAUGGUGUCAGUCUUUAUUUACUGCUGCCUUUGGGCAAGAACAGGCCAGGAUUGUCUGGCUGUUCCUUUAAGGGUGCUGAAAGCGUGCCAGCUGGAAAUGCUUUCAAAGGAGGUGUCAUUAGAACAAGUUGAAAUACCAGAAGAACAGGAAAAGCACAAAAAAUAAAUACAGUCCAGUAGCUGCAACACAGAGAGGACAGCCAGAAGAGACUGGAGGUACUAAAAGAGGACAUUAUCCAUGGAAGCGGGAAAGGAGGAGCUCAAGCAGACAAGCUUUGCUGCACGAAUUAUGGGCUGCUGGAAGCAAGAGGAAAGCAACACUUGGACUUUCCCCACCCUGGUCCUCUGCCUCUAUGGAUUCUUCUACAUGAUGAAGCCAUCAGAACCUUUUCUAACCCCUUAUCUAACAGGACCAGAUAAAAAUCUGACAAUAGAUGAGGUUACCAACCAGAUUUUCCCCGUUUGGACAUACUCCUACCUCGCACUCCUGCUCCCAGUUUUCCUGAUUACAGACUACGUGCGCUACAAGCCCGUCCUCCUCCUCCAGGGCAUCAGCUACAUCGUCACAUGGCUCUUGCUCCUCUUCGCUCACGGCGUGGUGGCCAUGCAGGUGAUGGAAUUCUUCUACGGGAUGGUGACAGCCACCGAGGUUGCCUAUUACGCCUACAUCUACAGCGUUGUCAGCGCCGAUCGCUAUCAGAGAGUGACGAGCUAUUGCAGGAGUAUCACCCUUGUUGCGGCCACAGUUGCUGCAGUGCUGGGACAGCUGCUGGUUUCCUUGGCAGACGUAUCCUACUUUCAUCUCAACGCCAUUACCCUCGCUUCUGUGUCCCUGGCAUUCCUGUGUUCCUUUCUCCUCCCGAUGCCCCAAAAGAGCAUGUUCUUCCAUAAAAAAGGUGUCUCUGAAACCCUCCCACAACCACAAAAACCUGUGGCUACACUCAGUUCCAACGGGCCAUCGAGCUGCCAACAACAGGACAAGGACUGCGCAGCUGCUGACACGGGACCAGCACCACAACAGCAGGCUGAACAGCCCAAGCCCCAGAACCACAUGCUCAGAGUACUGGUGCAGCUGAGCAGAGACUUGAGGGAUUGCUACAGCUCUAGGAAGCUGCUUUACUGGUCCCUGUGGUGGGCUUUGGCUACAGCAGGCUUCAAUCAGAUUGUGAAUUACAUCCAAGUGCUGUGGGAUUUCAGAGCCCCCUCUCACAGCUCUGCAGUGUACAACGGAGCUGUUGAAGCAAUAGCAACUUUCCUGAGCUCGGUAACAUCUUUCAUGGUGGCAUAUGUGAAAGUGAACUGGGACCUUUUUGGAGAACUGGCAUUAGGGAUCUUCUCCACAAUAGACGCUGGUUCCCUCUUCCUCAUGCACUUUACUACCAACAUCUGGUCAUGUUAUGCUGGCUACCUCAUUUUCAAGGCAAGCUAUAUGCUUCUUAUAACAAUAGCAACGUUCCAGAUCGCCAUAAAUCUGAGCAUGGAGCGCUACGCUUUGAUGUUUGGAUUGAACAACUUCAUCGCACUGGUGAUUCAGACAAUCCUUACAGUAGUCGUUGUGGAUUCAAAAGGCCUGGGACUGGACAUAGUGACUCAGUUUUUAAUUUAUGGGAGCUACUUUGCAGUCAUAGCUGGGAUUUUCUUGAUCAGAAGCAUUUACAUGCUUCUCUCAAGCAAAUGCAGAAGGAAAAUAGCAAGAUCAUGGAAAGAGCCUCUGAACCUUGCUGAACACGAACCAAAAGAGCAGACUGUGACUGGCUAUACGACCCGGCUGUAGGAGUCAAGCAAAGGCUCACGUGGCCUGGCCCUCAUGGGAGAAGAGCUCCUACUGCAGCAUACAGGGAACAGCAAUGCAAGAGGAACAUACAACACAACCCUGAAAAGCUAUGCUGAAUCAUUACAGCACUUCCUUACAACAUAUGCCAGCUAAGAAAGAUCAUCAGAAUGGCACCAAGCCAAGAAUAAACGAUAAGUU